UAAUAUAAAUUAAUUAUAAGUUUAGUUUGUAAAAGUGUGAUUAGCAGUCCAUUUGGGUAUUAUGGUACGUAAAUGCAAUAUUUAUUACAAAAUUUUAACUUGUAAUAUGAAAAAAAGAGGAAAAUAAAAAUUAAGAGAGGAAAAUAUUGUUGAGGUGUUGGGGCUGAGUAAUAGCAAUUAUUUUGUAAGUAUAAUAAGUGCAUGCCACUAUCAAACAAAUCAAAUUUAAAUUUUAGAACAAUCCCAAUUUAUUAUUUUCAAAAAUAAUAAAAUAAUAACAGUACACAACCAAAAUAAUAGAGGAUAAAAAUGAUUGAACCUAUUGUCCUGUAAGUAUUAUUCAGAAAAGUAUGUACAAUUGUGAAAUUAAAUUUAAGACUUCAACUAAGAAGAAAACUAAAGGAAGAGGGAAGAAUCCAACAUUUGUUUGUGAGUAUUCGAUUCGUCUUCGCUAUAAAAAAUAUAAAAAAAAAAAUUUAAAAAAUUCAUGUUAAUAAAAAGGCAAACUUUUGAAUACCACUGAAUCGAACUCGGUACGUAUUGAAUAUAAAUUAUUAACAGGAGAAAGACAAGAUAAACUGACCAAAAAAAGAUUGAAAUGAUAAAUAAGAGAAGAGCAAGGGAGCAAUUUUGUUGUAAUUGCCUCAUCAUCGAGGAAACUGGCACAUAAUCCAUCGUACGUAUUGAAUUUGUGUGAAACAACCAAAACCAAACCAAAAGUGUUGUCUAAAAUUUCAAAUUAUUUAUAAACACUUAUAGGGGAUUUAAAGAUAGAAGAAACAAGUUGAUGGAGUUUCUCCUCAUGUACGUGAUCAACAGUUGUACACCGACUAAAACAAAUGAGCUCUCGCGCCCUUCCCCCCAGAAUGGAUCUGGGUGAGUGUCCAAAAAUUCAUGAUUUAGCAUUAAGAGCUGAUUUUGAGAAUGCUUCUAAAACAAGAGACUACUUCUAUGACAUUGAUGCUAUGGAACAACUUCAAUCCUUCAUUACUGAUUGUGAUAGGAGGACAGAGGUCGCCAAGCAGCGACUUCUUGAAACACAAGAAGAAUUGUCGGCAGAAGUGGCAGAGAAGGCAAAAGUUGUCCACGAAUAUGCUGAAGAGAUAGGGAAAAAAUUAGCAAAGGCUGAAGCACUCGGAGCUGAAGGACUCGUAGAUGAAUCACUGAAAUUGAUGGGAGAGAUUGAAGAUUUGCGAAAAAAGAAAAAUGAAGCGGAAGAGAUAUACAGGAAUUCUAUGCCAGCCAGCAGCUACCAGCAGCAGAAAUUAAGGGUGUGUGAAGUAUGCUCAGCAUAUCUCGGAAUUCAUGACAAUGAUAGACGUCUCGCCGAUCAUUUUGGAGGCAAACUGCAUCUUGGAUUCAUUAAUAUACGUGAAAAGCUUCAAGACCUUCAGAAAACUGUUGAGGAACGUAGGAAUCAGAGGAAGGCGGAGUCCCGUGAGAGAGAUAGAGAUAGGGAUAGGGAUCGUGAAGACAGAGAUCGCAUGCGUGAGAGAGAUCGAGAUAGAGAUCGUGAUAGGUCUUACAAGAGGUCAUCAAGAUCUUCAAGGAGGUCACGUUCAAGGUCGAGGUCAAGAUCUCACAGAUCUAGGGACAGGUCGAGAUCAAGGGAGUCUAGACGAAGGGAACGUUAAUAUAUGAACUACUAUGUAAUUUGCACUUCAACAUCAUAUUUUAAAUGAUUAUUUAUAUUUACAAAAUGUCAGAUUUUUUUUGUUUUUCUUUUUAAUUUUUUU